ACGCCUAUUUUAAUUGUUACUGCUCGUAUUACUAAAUUUACCUUACCUGUGUUUUGUUCUACUUAAAGAUGGCAGACAAUCCUGACGGACUUGUACCGAUUGACAAUGAAGACAUUGAAGAAACUCCUGGGUAUCAGCCUCCCAAAGAGAAAUCGUUAAAAGAUAUUCAGGAUCUUGACCGGGACGACGAAGCAUUGGUUAAAUACAAAGCGCAAUUACUGGCAGGAGCGAACGACGUCCUUGACGAAGGAGGAUUGAACGUGUUAGUGAAAAAACUUGCUUUAAAAAUAAAAGAUCGAGAAGAUGUAGUUAUAGAUCUGACAGGAGAUAUAUCUUCAUUGAAAGAAAGACCAAUAGUGAUAAAAGAAGGCUCCGAAUACCAAGUCGAAAUCUCAUUCAGAGUUCAAAGAGAAAUUGUUGCAGGAUUGAGAUAUUUUCAAGUCAUUUCCAGGAAGGGAAUAAAAGUUGACAAAAAUGCCUUUAUGGUUGGAAGUUAUGGCCCCAAAUCAGAGAUUCAAACGUACAAAACACCUGUUGACACUGCCCCAAAUGGAAUGAUGUCACGUGGCCACUAUACUGUAAAAAGCAAAUUCACUGAUGACGAUAAACAUAUCUAUCUUGAAUGGGAGUGGUCAUUUGAUAUUAAAAAAGAUUGGUCGUAAAAGUUUAAAAACAUUGGAGAAAAUUUUUUCUUGUAUACAGUAGUCUUUUAAAUACGAUCCAACAAUUUUUGUCAAUUUUCAUUGGGUUCAAUAAAGAAACAAGUGCUUUGAUAA